CGUAGUACGCAAGUGUCCGCACUCCGCAGCUCAAGGCCUGCCAAUGGACGGAAGCACACAGUGAGCGCAGAGCUUGUGUCUUCAAGUGGAGAACAAGACGAAUACAACAUACUGCUGAGCUCAGUGUGAAGACGCCAGAGCUUUUCGAAACCUGCUCUUGAACUGGCUCUGUGUCUUCUAAGAGGAUUUUUGAAGGGGAAGUUCUUCUUGAAUGCCCAAGACACAGUCAGAACGGUUUUCACCAUGAACAGGAAUAAGCGUGAGAAGGAAUACUACAGCAUAGAUGUAGGAGAUUCCACGUUCACCGUUUUGAAGCGCUAUCAGAAUUUAAGACCAAUCGGAUCUGGAGCACAAGGCAUUGUCUGCUCCGCGUACGACCAUGUCCUUGAACGAAAUGUUGCAAUUAAGAAACUUAGCCGACCCUUUCAGAACCAAACCCACGCCAAACGGGCCUACAGAGAACUGGUCCUGAUGAAAUGUGUCAACCACAAAAAUAUAAUUGGCUUACUAAACGUGUUCACGCCUCAGAAGACACUUGAAGAAUUCCAGGAUGUGUAUCUGGUGAUGGAGCUGAUGGAUGCUAACCUAAUGCAGAUUCCCACCUGUGAGAAUGUGACGUCCCUUCUGACCCCUGACCUCUUCUCUUGUCAGGAUCUAAAACCCAGUAACAUAGUAGUGAAAUCAGACUGUACGCUGAAGAUCCUCGACUUUGGCCUGGCCCGGACAGCCGCCACCGGCCUCCUCCUGACUCCUUACGUGGUGACGCGCUACUACCGUGCUCCCGAGGUCAUUCUUGGCAUGGGUUACCAAGCCAAUGUUGAUGUCUGGUCUGUUGGCUGCAUCAUGGCUGAAAUGGUCAGAGGUAGUGUGUUGUUUCCUGGCACAGACCACAUCGACCAGUGGAACAAGGUGAUCGAGCAGCUGGGCACACCGUCUCAGGAGUUCAUGCUGAAGCUCAACCAGUCCGUGAGGACUUACGUGGAGAACCGGCCCCGCUAUGCUGGAUACAGCUUUGAGAAGCUCUUCCCAGACGUGCUCUUCCCUGCAGACUCCGACCACAACAAACUGAAAGCGAGUCAGGCGCGAGAGUUGUUAUCCAAAAUGCUGGUAAUAGAUGCGUCUAAACGAAUCUCGGUGGACGAGGCCCUCCAGCACCCCUACAUCAACGUGUGGUACGACCCGUCAGAAGUGGAAGCGCCGCCACCGGUGAUCACGGAUAAACAGCUAGAUGAGAGAGAACACACAGUGGAAGAGUGGAAAGAGCUGAUAUAUAAGGAAGUGCUGGACUUGGAGGAACGAACGAAAAACGGGGUUAUCCGAGGACAGCCGGCCUCGCUAGGUGCAGCAGUGAGCAAUGACUCCCAUGAGCCCUCGACGUCCUCGUCCUCCACAAACGACGUCUCGUCCAUGUCCACCGACCCCACCCUGACCUCGGACACAGACAGCAGUCAGGAGGCGCCCGCAGGACCGCUGGGCUGCUGCAGAUGACUAUCCUCCUCCUCCUCCUCCAUCCGCAUCCACCCGUCACGCCAGUCUGGAAACACUUCCUCCUUUCUUUCUCAAACUCGCACGUUCUUUUGAAUUGACAAAGUGUGAGAACGGAGGUAAGAGUUUUUGAGGGCAUCUUCAAAGCUCUUAUACCAAACCAGCAUUUCUUUGAUUGCUUUCGUUUUUUGCAUCUGAUUGAAGCUACUGCUACGGCAUCUUGCCAUUUGGAUGUGGAAUGAUUUGAGUUUACUUGUAAAGAUGAAUGGGGAAUAUAUUUUUGAGAUGUUUUUUUUUUUUUUUGAGAGUCACUAGUUAGUGGAGGGUCGUUAAACGGCACAUCCAUUUCCUGGAUGAAUGAGUGUUUCCUCACUGUUACUGCUGUUUUGGAGUCAGUGGUGUAUAAAAUCGCAGUGUGUUCGGCGGCAGAGAUGGUUUUUAAUAUGACCUGUGUACGUAACCACGAUUUUAGAUGGACGUUUUAUUUGGUUGUCUUACAGAAACACUUUUUAAAGUGCUUUUAGGGUCUGUAAGCUACUCUUUUCGCUUUCUAAUGUCAUUGCACGACUGACUUCACAUAGUAUUCUCUCUGUAAAAACACGUUUGGGUUUUCAAAUGUCACCAUAGGUAAUCUAGUCUGUACAUAUUUCAACUUGAAACACAGUAACCCACAGCUUUCAUUACACUUCAACACUGUACAGCCUGAUGUAAAGGUCUUGUUUGAACGUUUCAUUAUAUGAUAUGAAACUGAAAUUGGGUAUUUGGCCCAUGCAUACGAAGCGCUUUUGAUUUCAAGGGCCCUGUUUUGGUCGAUCGGAUCACGAGUAGACGAGGGAUUCACACCUUUUGUUUUAGUCUGUCUCUUCUGUCCACUUUUGACCACUUCUGUUCUUUUGAGGGGAGGGCUUUUUCUGAUUUUUUAAAAUCUAAUAUUGUGAAAUAAGCUUGUGCAAUUUACAUAUGAGCCAAAUGCCUUUUUUUUCCCCAAAGCUAUAUUUAAAACGUUUGCUGCAUAGAUAAAAAAAAAAAAAAAAUCUGCUACAUAUAUCAAUCAUAAUUUUGCUGGGAGAAGAAAAACAAACAAACAUUAGUCACCUAUAAGUUGCCAGCAAAUCCUUUAAUUUUUACCAGUAUUCAGAACAGAAUAAGAUACAAAUCAGAAAAUGCAAUUAGCUACAAAAUUAUAGUAAUUUUAUCAAAAAAAUUAUAUAUACACUA